AAAGAGCUGAACAGAGUGUGAGGAGCUGAGCCGGUGUAGUGUCUGUUCAUGGAGACACAUCUCGGUGUGUUCCGUUCAACAGCUGGAUGGUGGUUUGUGGAACAGCGCGCGCUCUGAGCGGUUUCCCCUCUUUUCUGCAGGUUUCCGCGAUGAGAGGACGAUGGAGCCCAUAUUUCACGUCCGUGCUGGUGUCUUUGACCAUUCUGUGGCAGACACGGUCCGGAGUAGAUUCCAAUUCAACACGUAACGUCAACAUCACAACGUUCACCAAGAUCCUGGACAGUCUGCUGGAUGGAUACGACAACAGACUGAGACCCGGCCUGGGAGAUAGAGUAACGGAAGUGAAGACUGACAUCUAUGUAACCAGUUUUGGUCCAGUUUCUGACACCGAUAUGGAGUACACCAUUGAUGUUUUCUUCCGCCAGAGUUGGAAGGAUGAGCGAUUAAAGUUCCACGGACCAAUGAACAUUCUGCCUCUAAACAACCUGAUGGCCAGUAAGAUCUGGACGCCUGACACGUUCUUCCACAACGGCAAGAAAUCUGUCGCCCACAACAUGACCAUGCCCAACAAGCUGCUGAGGAUCAUGGAGGACGGAACCUUGCUCUACACUAUGAGGUUAACGGUUCAAGCCGAGUGCCCCAUGCACCUUGAGGACUUCCCAAUGGACUCCCACUCCUGUCCUCUGAAGUUUGGCAGCUAUGCCUACACUAAGACAGAGGUGACUUACAUCUGGACUCAUAAUGCCUCCCAGUCAGUGGACGUGGCGGCUGAUAGAUCCAGACUCAACCAGUACGACUUGGUGGGCCAGACGGUGGGCAAUCAGACCAUUAAAUCCAGCACUGGUGAGUACACGGUGAUGACGGCUCAAUUCCACCUGAAGAGGAAGAUCGGAUACUUUGUGAUCCAGACGUAUCUGCCCUGCAUCAUGACCGUCAUCCUGUCUCAGGUCUCCUUCUGGCUCAACAGAGAGUCCGUGCCUGCCAGGACGGUCUUUGGUGUAACUACAGUCCUCACAAUGACCACCCUGAGUAUCAGUGCCCGUAACUCACUGCCGAAGGUGGCCUAUGCUACAGCCAUGGACUGGUUCAUCGCCGUCUGCUAUGCCUUCGUCUUCUCUGCACUCAUUGAAUUUGCUACCGUCAACUACUUCACCAAGCGGGGGUGGGCCUGGGACGGGAAGACCAUCGUCAACGAGAAGAAAAAGGAAGCAGCAGUGAUGAAGAAGAACAACGCCUAUGCUGUAGCUGUGGCUAACUACGCUCCCAACAUCACAAAAGACUCUACGCUGCCCACCAUCUCAAAGUGCGGUCUGACCGGUAACAACAAGACCGCAGCGGAAACAAAGCCUGAGCACAACAAGAAGACCUUCAACAGCGUCAGCAAGAUCGACCGCAUCUCCCGCAUCACGUUCCCCGUUCUGUUCUCAAGCUUUAACCUGGUCUACUGGGCCACCUACCUGAACAGAGAUCCAGUCAUUAAAGACAUGGACCAUGCCAAAUGAAACGUACAGGACUCACUACAAACACACCAAUUCAGGACUUAUACAUCUGUUGGUAUUCAUUUUAUCAGCCAGUAGCUGUGUACAAUACAUGCAUUGAGAAAUCCGCUCUCUCUUGCCGUACUGAUUUUUGGAUUGAAGCAGGUAAACAUCAUAACUGGGUUACAAUAAUCCUGAGAGAUCAUACAGGAGUAAGCCAGGCAUCUUUACAAGGUUAAAGUCAAGAUACUUUUAGUUCCAGAUGCCCAAACAGAGAGGAACGGAAACUUAUACUUCCUCUUGGAUCUAAAAAAAGAUAUACAUUGCAUAAAAAAAAGGAAAUAUCCUCCUAAUUAUCGUUUCCAAAUGUGAUAUUUCUGAAAGGAUCUGGUAAAAUUAGAAAACAAUACUCCAAAAACUAGGAAAAAAAACAAUGUUUAAAGCUGCAGUAAUCAAAAACGUUAUAUCGCCAAAAGAUCAAACUCAUAGUGAUUGAACCAUAGAGAUUUGUCACCAACUGUCUUUGAAACAAACAUUUCCCAAAUUGGGAUCAAUAAAGCACUAUCUUGUCUUAUCUUAUCUUACUCAGCAGCAAAGUUUGUUUGUGAAAAGGCUCUGAUAAAGCCACUGCAAUGUUCACUGCUCAGCAGCACACAGCAGGCACAGUGAGAGAAUAGCUUGACAACAUUGUUAGCAUUAAGUAGCUUAUUCUGCCCUCGCAAGAAUACUUUUCGGAUAGCAGGCUUGGCAGAUAGCUUAACACGGAAAUAAACACCCAGGAGAUAGCAGCUCAGUUUUGGAUGUUUACUGAUUAAGUUCAAUUUUCAUUUUCAUUUCCAUUUUUGUAAAACUGAAAUACAAACAAACCCAAAGUCAUGAGACGUUGUCACAUUAAACACUAAAUAAACAAAGAAACUAGACUAAAACAAACAUUCCAAACAACAGAGUACCUGUUAGCAUAAAUGCUACAAACAUUUCCACUGCUGUUCACAAGUUUAGCAUCAUUCAUUGUUCUUCAUGUUUGCAUAUAAUCAAUUUAAAUGUGCAACUAAGUAUACACGGACAAUAUAUGGAAUGGUACUUACAGACAUAAAGACCCUAGGAUUUGAGCAAGGAUUUUGUUGGCAGGAAACAACCCAUGUGCUCCAUUAGGCAGACAGAAACAGGAAAUUACGGCAAGCAUUUAUGGACACCCAGUGCAAAACCCAAAACCCUUUGCAGGCCCUCUUAAAGGGGCAGCACAUAGCUGAAGGUACAGUAUGACUAACUGGGGAACAUACUUAGCAUUUAGCAGCUAAAGACACAGUUAGAGACUAGUUGGGGAACAUAGUUAGCAUUUGGCAGCUAAAGACACAGUUAGAGACUAGUUGGGGAACAUACUUAGCAUUUAGCAGCUAAAGACACAGUUAGAGAGUAACUGGAGAACAUACUUAGCAUUUAUCAGAGCAAGACACAGUUAGAGACUAGUUGGGGAACAUAGUUAGCAUUUGGCAGCUAAAGACACAGUUAGAGACUAACUGGAGAACAUACUUAGCAUGUAGCAGAGCAAGACACAGUUAGAGAGUAACUGGAGAACAUACUUAGCAUUUAUCAGAGCAAGACACAGUUAGAGACUAGUUGGGGAACAUAGUUAGCAUUUGGCAGCUAAAGACACAGUUAGAGAGUAACUGGAGAACAUACUUAGCAUUUAUCAGAGCAAGACACAGUUAGAGACUAGUUGGGGAACAUAGUUAGCAUUUGGCAGCUAAAGACACAGUUAGAGACUAGUUGGGGAACAUAGUUAGCAUUUGGCAGCUAAAGACACAGUUAGAGACUAGUUGGGGAACAUAGUUAGCAUUUGGCAGCUAAAGACACAGUUAGAGACUAGCUGGGGAACAUACUUAGGCUAGCAUUUGGCAGCUAAAGACAAAAUUAGAGACGUAGCAGCUAAAGAAACAGAUUUUUUAGGAAUUGGAGACUAAACCAGUUAACCAAAAAAAUAAUAUUGGAUCAACAUUCAUCAUUACAUUUAUGCCUACUAGAUGUGUAAAUAGGACAUAUUUUGCUAACAUAUUUGUCAGGUCCCAAAAUGUAUAUGGUUGUAGUCUGAACUCACACUAUUGGCUCCUCACAACAGAGCCGGCCAGCUAACCAAUCAGAGCAAACUUGGCUCUGGUUUCAGACAGAGGGUCAAAAAAGGUGCAGCACAGGCAGUAUGAGAAAAAUAAAGAGCUUUUUGAACAUUAAAGCAUGGAGACAUGUCAGAGCAGAGACACUAAAUACUAAUAAGAACCUGGAAAUAAGUCCAAUAGGGCCCCUUUAACACAGUCCAUGAAACGGUUCAUAAUCACCAAUAAGAGUUAUUAUCUAAGGAUCCUUUCCUCUUAAUUGUGUGUUGCAGUACUGAUGGAUAAUAGAGGCCAUAAUUACAAGAACAUGUCUCUUGAGUUUAUUUCACCAAUCAAUUACUUUUGAACAGUUUUUUCAUUAUGAAACUUUUAUAAUCAUGACAGUGGGGCGUUUAGCAGCACAGAACAUCAACCAACCCCUCCACUGAUUUCUGAUCGCUUCUUAGUCUCUAUGUUGAAAUGUACCUUUCAUAUCUCUCCUAUUAACAUGUUUACCACAUCAAACAAUUUGCUGGGAACUUAUUCCACACCACAGCUUCACCACAGUCACACCCAGGGCUGCACGGUGCUUCACUGCUCACUCUGUACUCUUUGUACAGCUCUCUAGACUGUGUCACACUGUGGAAGAUGAUUAUGAUUAAAUAGAAAUGUGUGAGAAUGCGUGUAGAAAUAUAAAGUGUCUGUGUAUUUAAAUGUAGAUUUAUGGUAAUCUUUUAAUAUACAAUGUAGCAGAAAAACUGGACCAACACAUUUAAAAGUCUCAACCUUGGAAAAAUAAACUGUGUCAAUUACUGUAUUCUUUACAUUUUGUCGUUUUGUAUGUGUAAAAGUUUUCGAUAUAUGUAUAUGUACAUACAUUCUGUGCUUUGUUUAACCCACUUUUAAAAUCUAUAUAUUUUAGAUGAGAAUUGUUCUAGAGAUUAUGUUUUCCAACUUGACCUCGUGUUUCUUUAAAAUGUUGGAGUGUAAAAGCUCUUCCUGAUUCCUCUGACCAUGAAUACAGGAUUGUGAAAUUCA